CCCUGACUCGUCAACUUAGCGCUUACAAUUGGGACCGCAUAGGGUGAUGCCCAGGCCGUUGCCGCGAAGCAUGCUUCACGGCAGAUGGGCGAGCGGGUGAAGAACCUUGCUUAAGCUAAUUAAGCAUUGCACAAGCCUGCGUGGACGGUAACGGUUCCCGGAGGCGGAGAAGAUGGAUAGCCUAGCGUAGUCGUAGUCGUAGUCGUUGGCGAGCAUAUAGAGAUUCGUCUGACAAUCAUGUUCUUCAUCACAACUCCCUUUUACAGAAUUUCACAAUAAUGUUCAGACGAAGUGGAGAUAAUCCCAACGCUCGCCGGGGGCCUACCGCUUAUGCAACAAUUAGCACCAACACGAUCCAAACUCCUGUUCAGCCUACGGAAAGCACGAACCCAACGACAACCGCAGCAUCAGCUAAAGAUGGACUCCAAGCUGGGCCAGUCGCAGGCAUAGCUGUUGGGAUGUUGAUUGCUGGAGCAGUAAUUGCCGGUCUUGUGUGCUUCUACCUGCUGCGUCGUCAAGAGAAGAGGCAAGCUGCCGCUGUCGCCGACCAAGCCCGUAAUUUUUCAUAUGGUGGACGUAUGGCAAGGCCAGAGAAGGAUAUCAGCACGGCUGCUCGCACCGUUGCACGCAACAUCGACGACAUGCUUCCUCAGCCAGUGGCAGACGACAAGAUCAUAGAUGAUCUUUCCAAAAUCCGAGAUAGUGUCAAAAACCAUGUCCGAACCUUCUAUCACUCCAACCCUAUCCCAGCCUCCGAAAUCGAUGAGGUGGCGCUACAGGAUGUUGCAGCCGAUGUGGGUAUCAGCACCUCUCUACUCGUAUCCUCGUUGUUGGAUCCAUCAGCAAGAAAUAGCGCUAUUCGCCUUGUGAUCGGCCGCACAAUACUCUCAAGGUGUGAUGAAGAGCGGGAUCCGAGUCUUCUUCCUCAUCAACUGGCUAGACUAGCCAGUUCAAUUCCAGGCAGACACGAUUCCCAAUCAGCCAUGUACAGCAAGUGGAAGGCAAUCACCGGAGCCUUGCUCCAGCAGCAGUUCGGCAAGCAGUCCCAAGGUCUCGCACAAAACUUCGCAGACAUCAUCGCAGAACUUGAUGCUAUACUGGCUCCUUUCGUCACAGGAAUUGUUGACGGUAGUCAGCGUCGCAAAAAUCUCGAAAUGAUACUGACGCGUUCUGCGAACCUUGCAUUUCUGCUCUUUACCCAACCGGGUUCUUUUCGCUUUGACUUUACUAGUCAACAUGUCACCCUGGUCGUGUCUCCUGCAUUGGUACAAACGGUCGAUGAUCGAGGACAUGUUUUGAGCCGCCCCAGGGUUCUGGUGGACAAAGAGGUUGCUACAUCAGCAUGACGACAUCGGUGUGAAGGCGGGUUGGAGAUUUGCCUUCGGCGCAUCUCAGUUAUUGUCGCGACCAGCUAGUGGAACAAAGUCGUUAUCCCCAUGAUGGGGCUCCAACGAGGUGCAGGAGGGCAAAGGCUGAAUGGCUG